AUGGCAUUAGUUUCUGGAGGAAGAUCAACCCUAAACCCCAAUGCACCACUCUACAUUCCGGCUGCUUUUCGUCAAGUGGAGGAUUUUUCUCCGGAAUGGUGGCAGCUGGUGACAACACUGACAUGGUACCAUGACUACUGGCUUAACCAGCAGCAUGAUGAUGAAGGCUUCUACGUUGAUGAAUUUUCUGGCAAUGAUGUGGUUGAUUUGCUUCCUGAUGCAUUUGAUCUUGAUCUGAAUGAUGAUGAUGAUGAUCUUUCUAUUGAAGCUCAGCUUGAAGAGUUUAUCAAGUCUUCGGAAGCUCAAGAGGAAGCUUUUGCAGAGUCGGGAUAG